GAUAAUUUUUUUUGAAUUUCGAAUGAAUUUUAUCAAUAUUUUUAUUUGUAAAAUUUGACAAACACACACAUUCACAAAAUUAAACAAUAUGGCUGAUUAUGAUGAUGAUGAUGAUUUAUAUGAAAAAAGUCGAACAUAUUGGAAUCGUAUUGCACCGAAUAUUGAUGGAAUGUUAGGCGGUUGGUCGAAUAUCAAUACCAGCGAUGUUGAUGAAUCAAGAAAAUUACUUCGAAUUCUAUUGAAACCAAUCAAUCAAUCGAAUAAUCGUCAACUUCGUUGUUUAGAUUGUGGUGCCGGUAUUGGUCGUGUUAGUAAAUAUGUUUUAUCGAAAUUUUUCGAUGAAAUCGAUCUACUCGAACAAAAUGAAACGUUUAUAUUAAAAGCCAAAGAUUUUCUUGGCAAUGAUUAUCAUCGUGUAAAGAAUACUUUUAUACAAGGAAUGCAAGAAUUUACUCCUAUCGAUGGUAUAAUCUAUGAUUGUAUUUGGGGUCAAUGGGUUUAUGGUUAUUUGACCGAUGAAGAUUUAAUUUUAUUUCUUGAAAAAUGUCUUCGAAUCCUAAAUAAACAACAUGGAUUUAUUGUGAUCAAAGAUAAUGUAUCGGGUAAUAAUGAUCCUUAUGUUGAUGAAGAAGAUGGUUUUGUAACGAGAACCGAAACACAAUUUUUAAAUAUCUUUUCCAAAGUACCGAAUUUAAUUAUUAAAAAUAUUUUUCGACAAAAAAGAAUGCCAAAAGAAUUAUUACCCGUUAAAAUGUUUGUACUUGUUCAUCAACAUUCGAAUAUAAAUCAUUAUUUGAAUAUUGAUAGGAACAAAAAAAUGGCAAAUAUUGAAAAGUUUAAACGUAGUUUUGAAUUAAUAAAACAAUUUACAAUACAAACACCGAAAAUAUCUGGACAAUUACCAUCGGAAAAAUCAUUAAUUUCGCCCAAAUAUUUGUAA